UGUUCAAUAAAAAUAAAUCUUAAAAAAAAAAAAGGAAAAUUGGCAAAAAUCGCAAUCGAAGAAAGCUUUUGUUCUAUGUGUAAUUGGAGCAAUCCAACCAAAGGCUCAUCAACCAACCCAAAGCGUCGAUUUUUUUUUUAUUUUAUGUGAAAUUAAAUUUACCAUUUCCUUUCAACUCAGAUCCUUUUUUUUCCCCUCUUGGAUCUUCUGUUUACCUUAAACCCUAGGCAAUUUUCCAUCAAUUUUCACGUUAAUCCUUUUCUAAAAUCCCAAGCUUUGUAAUUGUACACAACGGAAUCGAACUCCCAAGUGAUCGAUCCCGUGCUUACUCGCUUCUCUAUGCAAUGGUGGUCUGCAAAUGCCGCAAGGCGACAAAGUUAUACUGUUUUGUGCACAAGGUUCCUGUUUGUGGGGAAUGCAUCUGCUUUCCUGAACACCAAAUAUGCGUGAUACGUACUUACUCAGAAUGGGUAAUUGACGGAGCGUAUGACUGGCCUCCCAAGUGUUGCAAAUGCCAAGCUGUGCUUGAGGAGGGGCCUGGCUCUGAAACAACUCGGUUGGGUUGCUUACAUGUCAUACACACAAAUUGCUUGGUUUCACAUAUCAAAAGCUUUCCUCCACACACUGCACCUGCUGGAUAUGUGUGUCCUUCGUGUUCUACAUCUAUAUGGCCUCCCAAGAGUGUUAAAGAUUCAGCAUCACGUCUUCAUUCACUGCUGAAGGAGUCUAUUAUGCAGACUGGCUUGGAGAAGAAUUUGUUCGGAAAUCAUCCUGUUUCUUUGCCUACAACAGAACCCCAUGGUCCUCCACCUGCAUUUGCUUCAGAUCCACUAAUAAAUGUAACCACUACCGGAGGAAGAGAUUAUGAUGGUAAUUCAUCUGCCUCUGUGGCAACGGAUGAAGGGUACUCAGCUGUUGGGAGACCUUCUAAACUUACUGUGUCAGAAAUAGUGGAGAUAGAUGGUCCUAGUUCAGCUGGGAAUUACAUGAAAACUUCAAGUCCUGUUGCUCCUGUGGCUACAACACGAAAGAGUACAGUUCAUGUUGAUCGGCAAAACUCUGAAGUCUCAUAUUAUGCAGAUGAAGAAGAUGGUAAUCGUAAAAAGUAUUCUCGGAGGGGUCCACUUCAUCAUAAGUUUCUCAGAGCAUUGAUUCCCUUCUGGUCAAGUGCAUUACCAACUCUACCAGUGACUGCACCUCAACGUAAAGAUGCAUCAAAUGCAGAUGAUGUCCCAGAAGGUCGAUUGAAGCAUCAAAGAUCAACACGAAUUGAUCGAAGAAAAAUCCUUCUUGUCAUAGCAAUCAUGGCUUGCAUGGCUACAAUGAGUAUUCUGUAUUACAGAAUUGCAUAAAGGGCUCUUGGGGAGGGACUGGCCGAUGAUGAGCAGCGGUAACUAAUUAAAAUUGUGAUGAAAUUGUUGACAUUACGUUUACUUGCUUCUGUAAACAAAUCAUGUUGGUUACUGCUAUAACUACCCUUUUCCCUGCUCAGGCCCUCAGCUUUGCCCUGUGACGAGCAUUGGUGGAAAACACAAGUAGAUCGCAGAUAUGUUCAUGGCCCAUCCACCCCACCUUUUAAAAUUUUAAUUUUAUUGGUAUGGAUACCAAAAAAUCAUCAAUUCAGUGCAGUUAAAACAGAAUGUUACAUAGUUUUUCUUGCAAAUUAAAUUCGAGAAAUUUGAAGGGUUAUGGGAACAUGUUUUUACGUGCGGCAAAGAUAAUCCUUUUGGCAUAUUUAUAUGAAGAGUAUAAAAAUAUUAUGAGACGAAUACCGGCCUCGUAUUAUCUUUGAAAGCAAUUAUCUCGGUCCACAUCUGUUAAUUCAAAAACGUAUCUCAACUAUUUGCAAUAUAUUUGGAGU